AUGGAAUUCAGCAACAUUUUGCACCAGGUCGUCAGUGGCAUUCACAAAGAAUCCAAGGGAAAAGGAAAAGGAAAAGCCAAGGCUGGUGGUUUGACCUUCAAUGCAUUGAAUCAGCCAUUCACUCCCUCGCCUUCGACGCAGCAACUCGAAACGUCGGUUGAACAGUUCAAACAGCUAUUAGAAGACUACCGCAGCAGCCUUCAAGAAGAUGCUACCAAACAUGAUCUUGUAUUCGGCAGCAAUAUUGAAUUCAAUCCACCCGAGCCAUUGAUAUCACCACUCGAGUCCGAAGAAGAAGUAUCCAGUGUGGAUGAUGAGCAAGAGGUUUCACAAGCAGCUACAUCCACCUUUGAUCGCGAUUGGUUAUUAAAGCUCUGCCGCGAUUAUGUCAAUCAGCACAAGGAUAAUACGGCUAUGAAUGAACAGCAAUUGUGCAUUGAUCUCUUCACGACGCUUCGCUCGGAUGAUAAUGAUGACAGCAUCCAAAACACGCUUGUCGACCUUUUGGGAUACGAGGCUCUCGAUAUGGUGUCGACACUUAUCAUGAAUCGAUCCACCCUGGUAGAAAACAUCAUGAACCAGUCGAGCUAUGCACAAGCCAACCUCAGAUCGGAUGAUGCUAGUCCCAAGGUCAAAUCUUAUGGACCUCAAUUCACCGUUCAAUCACAAGAUGAAAUCAAGCAAAUGAAGCAAACACGCAAAGAUAAACGCAAAACAAAUCGCGAAAAGCCCCAAGAUGAAAGCACCACAUCCAUGCAUAUUCUUGGUUUUGAGACGGCCAAUUGGCGUCAAGCACGUGAACAGGCACUCGCUACUGCCGAUCAAAGACCUUUGGCGAGUACGGGUCGAAAGGCUCAAUCAGGUCCUGUUUAUCCCAAUGUGUAUCAAUCUGGCAAUGCCGGUGGUGGUCCAUUAACCAUGUUUGGUACACGAUUUGCACUUCCAGCUGGCACAACACGUGAUGAAUACAAGGAUUAUGAAGAAAUCACCAUCCCUGUUCCUCAACAAGCACCCAUCCGACAGCAUGAAAGAAGAAUCAUGAUCAGUGAAAUGGAUAAUUUGGCUCGUGGUGCUUUCAAGGCCUAUGAAAGCUUGAAUCGAAUCCAAUCCAUUGUGUAUCCAGUCGCCUAUGAGACCAAUGAAAACAUGCUCGUGUGUGCUCCCACGGGUGCUGGUAAAACGGACGUUGCCAUGUUGACAGUACUUCGAUGCUUGUCGCAAUAUUGCAACCCUCCUCCAUCCACAGAAGCCACGGAUAUCGAUUUUACGAUUGCGAAGGACGAUUUCAAGAUUGUGUAUGUGGCACCUAUGAAGGCAUUGGCAGCUGAAGUCGUGGAAAAAAUGGGCAAACGACUCAAAUUCUUGGGGAUCAGCGUGAGAGAACUUACUGGUGAUAUGCAAUUGACAAAGACUGAAAUCAUGUCGACGCAAUUUAUUGUGACAACACCUGAAAAGUGGGAUGUCAUUACACGCAAGGGCACAGGUGAUACUGAAUUGGCCCAGAAAGUACGACUUUUGAUCAUCGAUGAAGUCCAUUUGUUGCAUGAAGACCGUGGUGCCGUUAUUGAAAGUAUCAUUGCUCGUACUUUGCGCCAGGUCGAGUCGAGCCAAUCGUUGAUUCGUAUUGUGGGUCUUUCUGCUACGUUGCCUAAUUACUUGGAUGUGGCCGCAUUCUUAAGAGUCAAUCCAUAUCAAGGAUUAUUCUUCUUUGAUGGUGGUUUCCGCCCCGUACCACUUGAGCAACACUUUUUGGGUGUCAAGGGCAAGGCCAAUUCGGUAGCAUCACGUGAACGUAUGGAUCGAGCGUGUUUUGACAAGGUGUCGGAGCUUGUUAAAGAAGGCCACCAGGUGAUGGUCUUUGUUCAUGCACGCAAAGAAACGGUCAAGACAGCACAAAAUCUACGGGAACAGAUGAAUGAUGAAGGAUUGAGCGACUUCUUUGAUUGUACCUUGGAAAGCAAGUACGGCUUUUAUCAACGUGAAGUUGCAAAGUCCAAAAACAAGGAGCUGCGUGAAUUGUUCAAGUAUGGCUUUGGUAUGCAUCAUGCUGGUAUGCUGCGCUCUGAUCGUACCUUGACCGAACGGAUGUUUGCGGAUGGUGUACUCAAGGUCUUGUGUUGUACGGCUACACUUGCAUGGGGUGUCAAUUUGCCCGCCUACGCUGUUGUCAUCAAGGGCACUCAGGUGUACGAUGCUCAAAAGGGUAGCUUUGUGGACUUGUCCAUCUUGGAUGUAUUGCAAAUAUUCGGUCGUGCUGGUCGUCCUCAGUAUGAAUCUCAAGGUGUGGGUUAUAUUUUGACAACGCACGAUCGUCUUUCGCAUUAUGUAUCGGCCAUCACACAACAACAUCCCAUUGAAUCAAAGUUUAUUGAGCAUAUUGUCGACAAUUUGAAUGCUGAGAUUUCCUUGGGCACUGUGACCAACAUUGACGAAGCUGUGACAUGGCUCAGUUACAGCUACUUGUACGUGCGUAUGAAGAAGAAUCCUAUGGUGUAUGGCAUGGACCAUUCUGAGCCUGCUGAGGAUCCGUUAUUGGGACGCAAGCGACAUGAGAUUAUUGUGCUAGCAGCUCGACGACUCGCCAAAUGUCAAAUGAUCAUUUUCGAUGAGACGACUGGUUACUUGACACCCAAAGAUCUUGGCCGUAUCGCAUCCAACUUUUAUAUCCGACACACGAGUAUUGAGAUUUUCAACGAUUUCAUGAAACCACGUAUGACAGAGGCAGAUGUACUAUCCAUGAUGAGUUUGAGUUCAGAGUUCGACAAUAUCAAAUCACGUGAUAACGAACACAAGGAGCUGAAGGGCUUGCUUGACAAUGCUUGUGCAUGUGAUAUUCCAGGAGGUCCUGAUUCAACGCAUGGCAAAGUCAACAUUCUUUUACAAUCUUACGUUUCCAAUGCACGCAUUGAUGAUUUCGCCCUGGUGUCAGAUUGCGCGUAUGUUGCACAAAAUGCUGGACGUAUUGCACGUGCUUUGUUUGAGAUUGCAUUGAACCGCAAUUGGGGUCCUACGGCGUAUGUUUUGUUAUCCAUCAACAAGGCCAUUGAGAAACGCAUGUGGACAUUCCAGCAUCCCUUGUAUCAAAUGGGCGUGCCAGUGGAUAUUAUGCACAAGUUGGAAGCACGCACACACCCAGUAUCGAUUGAAGAAAUGCGUGAUAUGGAACCUGCCGAAUUGGGUGAAUUGGUACAUCACAAACGCAUGGGUCCUCUCUUAGCACGCAAUGUGGAUCAUUUCCCUUCGCUUAUUUUGGAUGCACGUAUUGCACCUAUUACACGCAACGUGUUGAAUGUGGAACUCAGUAUCACGCCGGAUUUCUUAUGGAGCGACAAGAUCCAUGGAAUUGUAGAGCCAUGGUGGAUUUGGGCUGAAGAUUCGGAUAAUGUCGAGAUUUAUUAUUCAGAGUACUUUUUGCUACACAAAAAGUCGUUUGGCGAGACCAUCAAGAUUGGAUUCACGGUGCCCAUUGUUGAACCCCUUCCAGCACAAAUUUAUAUCCGUGCCGUAUCGGAUCGAUGGCUUGGUGCUGAAGCUGUACUUCCAGUAUCAUUCCAGCAUUUGAUUCUACCACAACUCAGUCCUCCCAACACGGAUUUAUUGGAUUUGCAACCAUUGCCCAUCACAGCACUCCAAGAUGAGACGCUUGAAAACAUUUGUGCACAGCGAUUCUCUCAUUUCAAUCCUGUACAAACACAAAUUUUCCAUACAUUGUACAACUCGGCCCAUAACGCAUUGGUGGGUGCACCUACCGGUUCUGGUAAAACAGUGGCUGCUGAAUUGGUCAUGUGGUGGGCAUUCCGACAACAUCCUGGUAGCAAGGUGGUGUACAUUGCACCUAUGAAGGCAUUGGUCAAGGAACGUGUGGGUGACUGGAACAAGCGAUUGACUGGAGCCAUGGGCAAGAAACUGGUCGAAUUGACAGGUGAUGUUACACCCGAUCUCAAGACAAUUGAAUCUGCCGAUAUCAUCAUUACGACGCCUGAGAAGUGGGAUGGUAUCAGUCGUAGCUGGCAAACCCGUAGCUAUGUCCGCAAGGUGUCCUGUGUCAUCAUUGAUGAAAUUCAUUUGUUGGGUGGUGAUCGUGGCCCUAUCUUGGAAGUGAUCGUAUCACGUAUGAACUACAUUGGUUCACAGCUUGAACGCAAGAUCCGUAUUGUUGGCUUGUCCACCGCUUUGGCCAAUGCACAUGACUUGGCAGAUUGGCUUGGUAUCGAAAAAGUGGGCUUGUUCAAUUUCAGGCACUCUGUACGGCCCGUCCCUCUCGAGAUUUACAUUGACGGCUUCCCUGGCAAACAUUAUUGUCCUCGUAUGGCCACCAUGAACAAACCAACCUAUGCAGCUAUCAAGACCCAUUCACCCACGCAGCCUGUGAUUGUCUUUGUCUCAUCUCGUCGACAAACGCGUUUGACAGCACAAGAUUUGAUUGCCUAUUGUGGUAUGGAGGAUAACCCACGUCAAUGGUUGCACAUGGAUGAUAUGGAAUUGGAGCUGUUAUUGGAUCAAGUGCAUGACGAGUCACUCAAGAUGGCAUUGGCUUUUGGUAUCGGCUUGCAUCAUGCUGGUCUUACGGAGGAGGAUCGUAAGCUGGUUGAGGAGCUUUAUCUCAAACUCAAGAUCCAAAUCCUUAUCGCAACAAGUACUCUUGCUUGGGGUGUCAACUUACCAGCUCAUUUGGUUGUUAUCAAGGGCACUGAGUAUUACAACUACAAAGUGGGUCGAUACGUGGAUUAUCCCAUUACGGAUGUGUUGCAAAUGAUGGGUCGUGCAGGUCGUCCACAGUUUGAUAGCACCGGUAUUGCACGUGUAUUUGUCCAGGACAGCAAAAAGAACUUUUUCAAAAAGUUUUUGCAUGAACCUUUCCCUGUUGAAUCGAGCUUGCACAAGUACAUGGAUGACCAUAUCAAUGCAGAGAUUGUGGCGGGUACCAUCAAGACGAAGCAAGAUGCGAUGGAUUAUCUCACAUGGACCUACUUUUAUCGUCGCUUGCAGCAAAAUCCCACCUAUUAUGGCUUGGAUGAUAUGACACAAAAGGGUCUUGACACAUUCCUUUCCAACAUGAUCAAUGACGUGUGUAGUCGAUUGGAGGCAUCCGGUUGCUUGGAAGUUGAUGAAGGAUUUGAUUUGAUACCAUUGAUUUCAGCACGCAUCGCAUCAUACUAUUAUCUACGCCAUCAAACGGUGCGUCAUUUCGGCCAAAGCUUAACAUCGCAAUCAAUGAUGGACGAUGUCUUGGAUAUUAUGGGUCAUGCUCCCGAGUAUGAUGAGUUGCCUGCUCGUUGCAAUGAAGACUUGCUCAACCAGGAGAUUGAAAAGUUUAUCCCAUACAAGGUGCGCGGAUCUCGUGAUUUCAAGAGUCCACAUAUCAAGGCCUAUGUUCUUACCCAAGCCCAUAUCAGUCGUAUUGAAUUGCCUAUCUCUGAUUACAUUACGGAUCAAAUCACUGUUCUUGACUCAUCCAUUCGUUUCUGCCAGGCUAUGAUAGAUGUGGCUGCUGAUGCAGGAUACUUGACGACGACUUUGACGAUCAUGAAUAUGCUCCAAUGUAUCAAACAAGCUCGAUGGCCUGAAGAAUCCACCUUAUUGACCCUGCCCAAGCUCAAACCGCGCAUGUUGAAUCAUAUCAAGCAUCCCAGAAGUAAAAAGCCGCUCACGUGCUUGGCCGAAUUGAUGCAGUAUUCCGACAAGCAGAUCCGUAGCAUCUUUGAAAAUGUCCCAGGCUUGUCUUCCAACGAUCUCAAUGAGAUUCAGCGUGUGGUGGGACGUCUUCCCAACAUGGAUGUGACCACGACGAUUGUAUCCAAAAAGCCUUAUUUGAUCCCCGAGACCUCCUACAAGAUUCAAGUGCAGCUGAGUCGCCGUGGCAACAAGCGUGGCACACAUGAUGGCAAGGUGUAUGCUCCACAAUUCCCCAAACCACAAUAUGAAUCAUGGUGGCUAGUGAUGGGUGAUCCAGAAAGCGAUGAGCUAUUGGCACUUAAGCGUAUCAGUAUGCGCAAUGGACCCAAUGAGACACUGAGCAACAAGGCUACUUCCACCAUCAACUUUGAAACACCUGUGCAUCUCGGUAAACACAAGUAUGUCAUGUAUCUCAUGUGCGAUGGAUACCUUGGAUUGGAUCAGCAAUUGGAUAUCGAAUUUGAAACUCGAGUAGAUUUAGAUUCGUAA